GGCGGGACCGUCCAGGACGCCGCCCAGCGGCCGCAGCUCCUGCAAGCCCAGAGCUCGGGUGGAUCGCGAGCCAAGGCGGCGGGUGGAGCCUGAGCCGUGAGGCCGUGGCCAAUCGCGCCGCUCCGGGGGAGGAGCCCCAAAGGGGGAAAAGAAAGUGCGGCGGAAAGUAAGAGGCUCACUGGGGAAGACUGCCGGAAUCCAGGUCUCCGGGGUCCGCUUUGGCCGGAGGCGCGGAAAGAAGCAGUGCCCGGCGACACUGCACCCAUCCCGGCUGCUUUUGCUGCGCCCGCUCAGCUUCCCAAGAAAGGGCAUUUUGCAGAAAACACAGUGAAGGAUGAUGCUGAAGUGCAUUUCUGCAUAUAUUGACAGCAAGACUCGUGUCAAGUGUCAUACAUAAAUUGCCAGAGAGAAAGUAGGAAGUUUCCAUUGAAGUGGGCAGCUGCAACGAGCUUCGAUCUCAAGAUUUCUAAAAGCAUUGAAGAAUUUACAUCAGUUCAACUAUUAUUUGAUAUAAUUGGCAUCAGUUGAACAUAAGAACAGGAUGACACUUCUGUGGUGUGUAGUGAGUCUCUACUUUUACGGAAUCCUGCAAAGUGAUGCCUCAGAACGCUGCGAUGACUGGGGACUAGAUACCAUGAGGCAAAUCCAAGUGUUUGAAGAUGAGCCAGCUCGCAUCAAGUGUCCGCUCUUUGAACACUUCUUGAAAUUUAACUACAGCACAGCCCAUUCAGCUGGCCUUACUCUGAUCUGGUAUUGGACUAGGCAGGACCGGGACCUUGAGGAGCCGAUUAACUUCCGCCUCCCUGAGAACCGCAUUAGUAAGGAGAAAGAUGUGCUGUGGUUCCGGCCCACUCUCCUCAAUGACACUGGCAACUAUACCUGCAUGUUAAGGAACACCACAUAUUGCAGCAAAGUUGCAUUUCCCUUGGAAGUUGUUCAAAAAGACAGCUGUUUCAAUUCCCCCAUGAAACUCCCAGUGCAUAAAUUGUAUAUAGAAUAUGGCAUUCAGAAGAUCACUUGUCCAAAUGUAGAUGGAUAUUUUCCUUCCAGUGUCAAACCGACCAUCACUUGGUAUAUGGGCUGUUAUAAAAUACAGAAUUUUAAUAAUGUAAUACCUGAAGGUAUGAACUUGAGUUUCCUCAUUGCCUUUAUUUCAAAUAAUGGAAAUUACACAUGUGUUGUUACAUAUCCAGAAAAUGGACGUACGUUUCAUCUCACCAGGACUCUGACUGUAAAGGUAGUAGGCUCUCCAAAAAAUGCAGUGCCCCCUGUGAUCCAUUCACCUAAUGAUCAUGUGGUCUAUGAGAAAGAACCAGGAGAGGAGCUACUCAUCCCCUGUACAGUCUAUUUUAGUUUUCUGAUGGAUUCUCGCAAUGAGGUUUGGUGGACCAUUGAUGGAAAAAAACCUGAUGACAUCCCUAUUGAUGUCACCAUUAAUGAAAGUAUAAGUCACAGUAGAACGGAAGAUGAAACAAGAACUCAGAUUUUGAGCAUCAAGAAAGUUACCUCUGAGGAUCUCAAGCGCAGCUAUGUCUGUCAUGCUAGAAGUGCCAAAGGCGAAGUUGCCAAAGCAGCCACGGUGAAGCAGAAAGUGCCGGCUCCAAGAUACACGGUGGAACUGGCUUGUGGCUUUGGAGCCACAGUCCUGCUAGUGGUGAUUCUCAUCGUUGUUUACCAUGUUUACUGGCUAGAGAUGGUCCUUUUUUACCGGGCUCAUUUUGGAACAGAUGAAACCAUUUUAGAUGGGAAAGAGUAUGAUAUUUAUGUAUCCUAUGCAAGGAAUGCUGAAGAAGAAGAAUUUGUAUUACUGACCCUCCGUGGAGUUUUGGAGAAUGAAUUUGGAUACAAGCUAUGCAUCUUUGACCGAGACAGUCUGCCUGGGGGAAAUACAGUGGAAGCAGUUUUUGAUUUCAUUCAGAGAAGCAGAAGGAUGAUUGUUGUCCUGAGUCCUGACUAUGUGACAGAAAAGAGCAUCAGCAUGCUGGAGUUUAAACUGGGUGUCAUGUGCCAGAACUCCAUUGCCACCAAGCUCAUUGUGGUUGAGUACCGUCCCCUUGAGCACCCGCACCCAGGCAUUCUUCAGCUCAAGGAGUCUGUGUCUUUUGUGAGCUGGAAGGGAGAAAAGUCCAAACAUUCUGGCUCUAAAUUCUGGAAAGCUUUGCGGUUGGCUCUUCCACUGAGAAGUCUGAGUGCCAGUUCCGGCUGGAAUGAGAGCUGCUCUUCCCAGUCUGACAUCAGUCUGGACCACGUUCAAAGGAGGAGAAGUCGUUUGAAAGAGCCCCCAGAACUUCAGAGCUCAGAGAGGGUUGCAGGUAGCCCUCCGGCCCCAGGCACAAUGUCCAAACACCGAGGGAAGUCCUCUGCCACCUGCCGCUGUUGUGUCACCUACUGUGAAGGAGAGAAUCACCUUAGGAACAAGAGCCGGGCAGAGAUUCAUAACCAGCCCCAGUGGGAGACGCACCUCUGUAAGCCUGUUUCCCAAGAGUCAGAAACUCAAUGGAUACAAAAUGGCACCAGAUUGGAACCCCCUGCUCCCCAGAUCUCAGCCCUUGCUCUUCACCAUUUCACGGACUUAUCCAAUAACAAUGACUUUUAUAUCCUAUAAUUACUGUGUGUGGUGGGUGGUGGCUGCCAUCUCUACCAACCCUCUGUAUGUCAUGAACCUGUGGGAAAACCUGACAUUUUAAUCAUCUAAUGGACUAUCAGAUUUCUGUCCCCUUUAUUGAUUUUUAAAAACUGUUUAUUUCUAGGAGACAAAAGACCUGAAGGACCUGAAUCCAGAAUUAUUGCCUCUAAUGGCCUCAGAAGAGCACACUCUUCUUGGGCCCUAGAAGGUCAGUAUGUGAAAGUUGCCUAAAGUCUGAUCCUCUAUCUUGUCCAAUGGUUUAAAACUGAGCUAAGAAUUUAAAUAUGUUUCUUUUCAGUGUGUUGAUCGACCUCACGUUAUAAGUCAGGCAGGUGUACUUGGGCUAUGAUACUUACAGGGUGUAUGCAUUCCCAGGGAGCAGCAUGGAGAGGAGCUGGUUCUGGUGGAAGCUGUAGGACGAAGCUCAACAGAAAACCUACAGCACAUUUUUCCUCAAAGAACCAAACAUACCCACCCAGGGAUACGUGGUGUUCUCUGUCUCACUGUAAACUAGUGUUCUCUAAACUUCCUAACGUUGUUAGCAUCAAUAAAAUUCUAUUUUUACGUCAUUUUAUUUGUACUAACAAAUUUUUACAUCUCUCUCACCCUUCUACUUUCUAUGAUUGUUGUAUUCUUAUCUGGAGAGUUUUCCAUUUCAGGAAAUUGAGAUUUGGUUUAGGUACCAGAAAAAGUAAGGUGCCUUUUUUGGUUCUCUCUGACAUGUAAUGGGAGAGAUGUGGAAAACAACCCAAAGAGAGGGAGAACGUGACUUAAAUGAAAUGGAAGUUUACAAGAAUCUCGUAUUUUUAGAACUGACAGAUGAAAAAAUCAGUAUUGUUAGGAAUGUAGCGUAGAGAUGGGUGCCUCUUCCCAUUCAGGCUUCUGAGAAGGGAUAGUAAAUUCAAGUGCCUACAAGGAUCAGAAGGUAAGAAAAAAGAGUAAAUGUGGCCAGAUAUCAGCAUAUUUUACAUCCUCUCCAUCUAGAACCGAUGUGAAUAGGGACAUAGGCACAGAUAGUUAUUUCUUCUCUGUCAACAUUUUCAUAAACUCAUGAAAGGCACAUGGCAUUUGAUUUUCAAGUCAGGUAGAUCAUUGGGCUUCUAAGGCACUGAAGAACACAUAUUGCUUCAAAAGGGUCAGCUUCAGGCCGGGCGUGGUGGCUCACACCUAUAAUCCCAGCACUUUGGGAGGUCAAGUCGGGGGGAUCACCUGAGGUCAGUUGUUCAAGAGCAACCUGGCCAACACGGUGAAACCCCCUCUCUACAAAAAUACAAAACUUAGCUGGGCAUAAUGGCAGGUGCCUGUAAUCCCAGCUACUCAGGAGGCUGAGACAGGAGAACUGCCCGAACCCGGGAGGCAGAGGUUGCAGUGAGCUGAGAUUGUGCCACUGCACUCUAGCCUGGGCGACAGAGUAAGGCUCCAUCUAAAAAAAAAAAAAAAACAAGGCAGCUUCUACUCAGUUCCAUUUGAUUGUUGCCACUAAUCAAGCCCCAAUGUUGCCAUAUUGUCCAUUUUUUUCUAGAGAAUCUCAAAAAUCCAGAUUUUUAUGUAUAGUGUCAAUUAUGGGAUGGCUUAAAGUUAAGAAGGAAACAAACAAAAAAAGAGCCAAACAAAAUAUAUCUGUGGGCCAUAGUCAGCCUGAGGGCAGCUAGUACGUAACUUCAUAACUAAAGUAUUCAGCCGAAGAACAUAUCUCCAAAUGGAAUUCAAGUGUCCCUGGUAACACCGGAACUGGAAGACACAGGUUGGCUCUAAGGACAUAGUGAAGCAUGUUUAUGCUCUCCUCAAAUGGAAGACAUCUGGGCUGUUACAGUUGAGCUGAUCUGACCUAACCCUCCAUUAGAAAAGAAAAAGCUAGAAAAUAGGGUGCCUUCCAUUUACUCUUUAGAGGCUUCUUGCCUUUUACCAUCAGAAAAUAAGAAGCACGAAGUCUGCUACUCCUGAGCAGAACCAAAAGAGCAAGAGACCACACCUUACAUGAGAAGUCACCUGUAACACGUUAGCCGUGGCUGUUAGUGAGCUGUGGCCCAGUCAGUGUCAGUGACUCCCAGUCAGUAACAGUGAAUGGGCAGUGGAGAAAGAAAGAAAGCAGGUUCAUUUCACUACCCCUCUUGAAAAGGUUCUCAGAAGAUCCUUUCUCUGUUGAAACUGAAAAAAACUAGAAGAUUCCUACUCCAAAGAUGGGGGAACGAGGGUCCUCUAGAGUAAAUGUGACUCACAAUGAAACUUGUAAUUAGAAAAUGGCAGGCCACCCUAACUAAAUAUCUAGCGGAAAAUGACUUAGCACAACCCAAAGGCCUUGUCCUCUAUUAUAUCCCUUCUCGUAAAGAGUAAUCUAUCCUUGAUGUAUAUUCAAGGACCUUCACUUGGAAGACAGAGAGCAGUUUCUCUCCAAAUCUGUUAAUAAUGGGUAAUGUAAGUGGCUCCAAAGCUCCAGGAGGGAGAAGAUUCUUGGAUCUACUAUUAGUGUUAUUCCUUAUUGACACAGCAUCUCAAAUUGUAAAAUAUCUUUGGAAAAAAAUGAGAAAUUAAAUUUUUCAUUUAUAAAUUAUUUUCUUUUUUAGUGAAGAAAAAGAAAUGAAAGAACUAAUGGCAGAGGCAUGGAAAAUUAAACAUGAGCUCAUAUUAUAUGAGUAGCUAGAUCAUUUUGGUGCUCUCAGAACUACAUUUUGGCAAGUAUCAAUUUCCUUGAACAAUGUAAGUGUAGUGGAAGCAGUAAAAGUCUUAGUUUUCAGCAUUAGUUUUACAAGGGUCAGAAAGGUAAUGGACUAUACUUCUACUGUGUGGAGAAAGGCUAAGAGGUUAUAUUAGUAUUUCUUGACCUGACAUGCCACAGUUGAAUGUGAUAUUCACUUCCAUAUGUUUCAAUGAGGCAAAUUAUAAUAAGAAAGACAUUUUUUUCAUGGGCCAUGCAUAUCCAUAAUAGAAAUAACAGGAUUGUAGGAUAAAUGGAUUUAUCAUUGCAUAAGAAAUUGUCUACUUAGUUGCAUGAGUUUUAAGUCAAGUAGAGAUGGAUAUGAGUCCUAUUUCUCUUCUAUCUGUUUGAACAUGGUCUCUCUGAGCCUUUAGCUAGCCCUUACUAGCUAAAAUAAAGAUGCUAUUGUUAACCUCA